ACUUGACCGUGACCCACUACUACGAACGGGGUUCAGAAACGAAACUACAAUUUUUACUAGUCACACUCGCGUCCGUCUUGAGAUCUGUCUCAGUCGUGCUCUGACGCUUGACUUCCAGGACAAAGACACAUUUUAACGACUUGGAUCAUGGCUUUCCAAAUCCCUCCUGGGUUUCGUGCCUUGCCGCUGUCAGACGUACAGCUCUCCUUAGCAGUUGUUUUGAAAUGUGGCCAGUCAUUUCGCUGGUCUUGUUACCCCCUACUUUCGUCUCUUGGCACAGAAUCAUCUCCUACCCACGAGUACCGUCUGUGCCUGAGGGACCGCGUAGUAUGCUUAAGACAGUCUUCUGACUAUCUUUACUAUCGCUCUGUUUUUCCAGAACAUCUUUCUCCAGAUCAGGAGUCAGUUAGUGAUGAAGAAACAUUGAUUUGGCUCAAGGACUAUUUUCAGCUCCACGUCGACUUGGUGAAGCUUUACGACCAGUGGAGUGACCGAGAUCACGUCUUCAAUAAGCUUAAAUCUCGUUUUUCUGGGAUCCGGAUAUUGAGACAAGAUCCUUGGGAGAACCUGGUAUCUUUCAUUUGCUCUUCUAACAAUAACAUUCCCCGAAUUACCAAGAUGGUGCACGCUCUUUGCAAACAAUAUUCUCCUUCCCUGAUUUCCUUACCACCUCCUGAGCUCAGUGAAAGUGACUCUCAAGGUCCUACAGUGUAUCACCCAUUUCCCCCGCCCUCUCUCCUUGCUGCCGCCGAAGUCAAGUCCACUCUUCGGGGUUUGGGAUUUGGCUACCGUGCUGAUUAUAUUCAGCGCACUGCGAAAAUGCUUGUGGAUGCUCACGGUCCCUCGAUAUCCAACUCGGAGUCACGAGAGCAAUGUGAGGAAUGGCUGACUGGACUGAGAGACAUGAGCACCGAAGCUGCUCGUGAAGAACUUCUGAAGUUCGUCGGCGUAGGACGCAAGGUAGCAGACUGCGUUCUUCUCAUGAGCCUGGACAAAAAAGAAGUAAUUCCAGUGGACACUCACGUUCACCAGAUUGCUAUCAAGCAUUACGGGCUACGUACCAUAGGCGGCUCCAAAGGAAAAGGUGUCAUGACCCCUCGAAUCUAUGAUGAAGUAGCCACCAAGCUUGCUAACAUUUGGGGCGAAUAUGCCGGUUGGGCCCAUACUGUGCUUUUCACCGCGGAUUUGAAAGCCUUCUCUUCAUUCGGCCUUGAACCUCCGACGCCUGCCACAUCUAACAUGAAUGUGGGUGCUUCAGCAUUGGUAUCGUCGUCAUCCAAACGAAAACAUAGCGAGACUCAGAACGAGGUUGAGAUGCAGAGAAAAGUCAUAUUGAUGGGUGCUGCUGUAGCUGCUGCUGCUGCUACUGUUGUUGCUGUGGUGCACGAUGACCCGAGUUUGCUCGAGGAUGACUCGGAUGAUCCAAGUUCGGUUGAGGACACAAAUACACCCACUAGCAGGCGAGUGAAGAGAAGGACAGGUUCUCAUCGAUAGAUUUUACUCUUUCUAAAUCCAAGAUGUGCCUAUUCACUUCUGAUUCUUAUCAAGUAUGGUAUAAUAGGCACGCAUGACAUAUGUAUCCGGAAAUCGAUGUAUACAUGCAAACGAUAAUUAAGGAUGAGAUGUUGGAGAGGUCUGACACCCACUACACCAUACAAAUAAGAUGCGUGCGUUCAUAAUCCUAUCCGGAGUACUCUUCGCAUUACCGAAUCGCCGUCGUUCUUCCUGAAUGAUGGGAGAACGGGCACUGUCUAAAAAGUUGCGGU